AUGGCGGUGUCAUUUCGUCAGAUGCUCGGGGUCACACCAUCUACAGCAUCGCCCCACGACAGCACACUCGUCAUCAUCGAUGCGCAGAACGAAUACGCGGAAGGUCAGCUCCAAGUGACUAACGUGCGUGAGAGUCGCAGGGUCAUCGCCUCGCUGCUGGAAAAGUAUCGUGGCGGCGGGGGCAGAGUCGUGCACGUCGUACACAAGGUGCCUGCCGGGGCCCCCAUCUUCACGCCCGACACGAAGCUCGCGGAGGAGUUCGAGGAGCUUCAGGCGAAGUCUGGGGAGAAGGUGAUUCAAAAGCAGCACCCGAGCGCGUUUGCAGACACGGGACUGCACGAGUACCUCGGCGGCAACGGAGAGGCCAAGCUCGUGUUGACGGGAUACAUGGCACACGUCUGCGUGUCGACAACCGCCCGCGAUGCAGCACGCUUGGGCUACGAGGUGCUGGUGGCGGAAGAUGGCUGUGGUGACCGCGACAUCCCGGGGGCGUCGGGGGCUGAAGUGACGAAGAAUGUCAUGGUCGAACUGGGCGAUGCGUUUGCAACGAUUGUGCAGAGCAGCGACAUAUCGUAG